GCCAUCAGUCUGAGCAGAACAUGUAUUCACUAAGUACAAUUCUGCUGCUUCUAUUGUGUGCUCAGGCAUCAAGAAGCUUAAAUUCUACUAAUUCGAGUACUACUGCUUAUAAUUCUACUGUUUACAGUAGUACUAGAACCACUAGCACCACUAUCACAAAAACGACUACAAGAGCCAAUAAUGCUACGUCUAUGUCUUUUGCUACAUCAAACAGAGCCACAAGUUAUUACUCCAAUCCCUACAAUGGUACGACAGUAUACGUAAAUGGGUCAUGCAUGGAGCAAACAGCAUUUCCAUCAUUGACUUUCGUUGUGGACACCACUGGUUCUAUGUAUUAUAAGCUUCAGCAGCUGGUAGAGACAACGAACCUUCUCCUGAGUCGUCUUUAUACUAACGACACAAGACAAUACACAUUGGUACAGUUCAAUGACCCAUCUGUUGGACCUGUUAUCAUUACAUGCUCAAAAAGUGAAUUUGGCAGCUAUGUAUCAAAUCUUUACCCUUUUGACGGCGGUGAUUGUCCUGAAUUUGCAAUGACUGGACUCCUGUAUGCUCUGCAAAACAGUCCUAAUGGAUCACUGAUUGUACUUGCAACUGAUGCCUCUGCCAAAGACUUUGAUAAUAGCUCUAUAGUGAAUGACGUGUUUUAUCUCCUGGAAGCUAAACAAGCAAAGGUUAUUUUCCUGGCCAGUGGCUACUGUUCCACCCCUGAUAGCCAAGACUUCCUCAUUUACAGAAAUAUUUCUUCAGCAAGCUUCGGUCAUGUUUUUCAAAAUGCCAACUAUCCUGAUGUGGUUUACUUUCUGGAUGUCUUGCUUCAAAUACGCAAAAACAGUACAACCAAGCUUCUAUCCAUUGAUGUGAAUAAUACCACAUAUUCUUCCAGUUUUACUGUGUACAGCAACUUUAGUACAAUAGUGAUAUCAUCGAAUGGACAGAUUAACGCUCUGCAAAUUGUCGGACCUUCUGGUAUAUAUUCACCAGUCAAAGAAAUCGUAAGACAAACAUGGGGAUCAUUAUGGAUUGUGGAAAACCCCACCUUUGGGCGAUGGUCAAUGAAUAUAAAUGCCUCAGGUUUCUAUUCCAUUCGUGUUCUAGGAUUGAAAGUGAACAACAUUUCAUACACAGACAUCUGCACAAAGUGUCACUCCAACGCUACUUGCACAAAAAAUCUCUAUACUAUGCAGUGUACCUGCAAUGAUGGGUUUGUAGGUGAUGGCUAUACAUGUUCAGACUACAAUGAGUGUAGCUACUACUGGUCAAACCCCUGUUAUCCAUAUCCAUGUAUCAAUACCUACAGCUCAUACUACUGUAUCUGCCCGUCUGGUUAUGAAAUGUCAAACAAAACAUGCACUGAUAUUGAUGAAUGUUCAAGACCAGACUUAAAUCGUUGCCAUCGUUUAGCAAAUUGCACCAAUUACAGUGGAUCCUAUACAUGCUCGUGUCCUUCUGGUUACUUCGGAGAUGGAUAUCACUGUGAGUUUGAUGAAUGUUCAACUGGUAUUUGUGGAUUUGGAAUUGAUUGCAUCAAAUCGAAGGGAUCAUACUCCUGCCUCGACCCAUGUUUUAAUGCUACUAUUCUUAAUGAACCUUGGAGAAGCACAUCUAAUUAUUAUUACUCUCCCUAUUACGGACAAUGUGACUCUUCACUUUAUGGAUGGUAUCGAUUCACAGGCAGUGGAGGAACUCGGAUGCCAGAAUUUUGUCCUUCAUCAUACAGUUGUUAUACUUCUGCCCCAAUGUGGCUUUCGGGUUCACAUCCUGCAGUAGAAGAUGGAAUUGUAAACCAUACUGCUUGUGCAAACUGGUAUGGUGUCUGCUGCUCUUGGUCAAGGAGUGUUCAGAUUAAGGCUUGCUCCGGAGGAUAUCAUGUUUACAAAUUUAGUGGAGCACCAGCCUGCAACUUGGCAUAUUGCACAGAUCCAAGUUCAGCCAUGGAUUCCUGUUCUUGUGGAGAUGAAGAAGAAUGCAGAUAUGUUAACGGACAUUUUGGAUGCUACUGCAAAACUAGCACUGAACCUUUAGCAUUGAAAACUCUAAAUCCUGCUCUGUCUUGUGGUGCAAAUUCAAUGAUAGUAUCCUUUACCAAAUGUAGGCUGCAAAGGUUAAAACUGAAUACAAAUACAGUGCACCUGAUAGACGCCAAUUGUACCGGCUCACUAAACUUCAAUAGCACAAGUGUUAUAUCAGUCAUAUCUACACCGAAAAAAGAUUCAUGUGGAAACCAAGAACUUAAAAAUGCAACGCAUGUCAUCUACAAAAACAUUGUCUAUUUGUCACUGGCUACUAAUUCAUCAAUUGGUGGAGAGAAUGUAUUCAGUAUAACAUAUUCUUGUGCAUACCCACUGGACGUGCAGGUUUCACUUGAAACAAUACUGUCACCAAUGAAUAGUUCAAUCGCUGUCAUAGAAGGUUCUGGACAGCUGGUAGCAAGAAUUGCUCUCUACCAAGACUCAAGUCUUUCCACACCAUAUGUAGGAUCUGAAAUUAUACUGACUUCCCAAACGAUAUUGCACAUUGGUGUAUUCAUUAAUGGAGGAGACACCUCUAAUUUUUUAUUGGUGAUGAAAAACUGCUACGCUACACCUUCAAGAAAUGCUUCAGAUCCUAUUAAAUACAACAUAAUUAAAAACGGCUGCUCAAGCAAACAGGAUUCAAGUAUUACCAUUUACGAAAAUGGAGUUUCGAGACGAGGACGGUUUUCCGUUCAGCUCUUUGGAUACGUUCAAAAUUAUAAUAUGGUCUUUUUGCAUUGUGAUCUUCAAAUCUGUGAUCAGAGAACAGAAACAUGCACCCCGUCCUGCUCUGGGUCAAGAUCUAGCACUGAAAACACUGGAAACACUAAUGCUACGGUUUAUAUUGGUCCUAUUAUUAAACAAGCUGACUCUGUAGUUGAAACUGUCAAACCUGAAAUAAUACAGCCUGGAAGUGGAACACGUGGUCUUGUGGAAUUUCAGACCUCUGCAAUUUUAUUCCUUGCAGGAUUGUUAUUGAUCAUAUUUGACCAUUAAUGUAACAUCUUUGAAAUUGGAAACACAUUGUAUGCGGGAAAUUACUCUAACCUAAUCAAAUAUAUAGCUCUAAAUUACAUAUACAGUUCCAAUAUUCUGAAAUACAUAAAAGCGCAAAGAAAAUUAAUGCUUUAGGGCAAUUUCAGUCUGAUUUUUUUAAAUUACUGAUUACUAAAAUCAUGUGUAAGUGUAAAUCAAGUGUAAACUAUAGGUUUAACACAUGAGUACAUUAAGAGACCAUUAUAGGAACACU